UUCAUAUAAACUGAAGUAUAUAUGCUAUCAGUUAUUUUUUCACUCAAUACUCACGAAUCAUGGCGAAGGUGGCGAUUGUUGAGCUCAAUAGAAACUGUGCCAAUACAGUGGAAGAGAUAGUGAAAAUGGAGAGAAAGAUCUUUCCCAAGCACGAAUCACUGGCUUCAUUCUUUCACGAUGAACUUAGAAAGAAAAACAGUGGGUUGCUUUAUAUUCACGUGAAUGGCGUAAUUGCAGGCUAUGUCAUGUAUUCUUGGCCUUCUUCCUUGUACGGCUCCAUCACAAAGCUCGCAGUGAAGGAGCAAUGGAGGGGACAAGGCCACGGAGAGGCUCUGUUGAAAGCAGGAAUUGAGAAAUGCAGGACAAGGAAAGUUUCGCGCAUAAUGCUUCAUGUGGAUCCCUUGAGGACUCCUGCAGUGAAUCUUUACAAGAAACAUGGUUUCCAAAUUGACACUUUGGUUGAAGGGUACUACUCCUCAGAUAGAGAUGCCUAUAGAAUGUACUUGGACUUCGAUUCAAGUUGAAGGAGAAAUUAAAAAUACAUUUUACAUAUGACCAGUGGUUAAUUUAAAAGAACAAAUUUGUAACUCUGUGUAUGGAGUCAUGAAAGACAAGCAUUUAAUAAAGAGGGCUUGUGGUUUUACUA